AUGGCUACACAAACUAUCAUUGCAACCGGCACAUCGUCGGGCCUUGGAUUUGAAGCUAUCAAACAGCUUCUGGAACAGAAAGAGCAAUCUUAUAACUUCAUUCUCGGUGCACGGGACACCGCGGGAACUCAGGCUGCCUAUGAUGCCUUGAAGUUCGACAGUUCAAAGCACUGUGUUGCUAUUUUGCCCCUCAAUCUUUCCGACUUGCGUAGUGUGCAAUCAUUCGCGAAGCAGGCUUUGAGCCAGUUGGGCCAGAAGAAGCUUGACGCUCUGUUCCUUGUUGCUGGUAUGCUGAACAGUGCUGAUGGACCUGGUCCUCAUGGUUCGCAGUGGUGUGAAUCAUAUGUGGUUAACCACUUGGCUCAGCACUACUUGCUUCACCUGCUGGCUGAUACACUGGCAGCUUCAAAGUCGCGCAUCACCGUCGUAUCUUCCGGUGCUAUCCGUGGUGUGCGAGGAAAUGACCCUGCCACACUCGAUGUAGACCUGAAAGCAGGCUCCGGCGCAAGCGCACGAGUAGUCUACAGUGCCUCAAAGUUCGCCCAGCUUCUGGGCGCCCACUACUGGCGUCGCCAGCUCCCAACCUGCACGGUUGUCGCUGUUUCGCCCGGUCUGAUUCCCAACACUAAGCUUGCACAGCACCCAAGCCUAGGAUUGUCCAUGGACAUGCCCGAUGCCAAGAGCGUGCCCGAGGGUGCCCAAAACAUUCUCCGCGCUCUACUUGCUAAGGAUUUGCCUAGUGACCCCCAGCAGAUCUUCUUGACCAGCUGGGGUGAGUGGUGGCCUACCGAUGUUUAUGCCACCAGUCUUGAUACCACUUUGCAGGAUAAGUGGUGUUUGAGUAAGGCGGAUAUCGAGAAGUCUGAGCCUGUGUUCCAGCAAUAA